AUGUCACAAAUGUUGUGGCUACUGGUCCUGGUGGCCCCAUAUCCAGAAUGGGCCCAACGCUCAGUCCAGCUGGACUCUGAGCCUCUGGGGCCCAGUUUUUUGUUUUCUCCCUACACAUCUAAUCUCCCACCUGAACUGCUCCACGCCUUUACUGCCCUGGCAGAGCCAAGUGGAUUUGAUUACUUGGGGUCCUCUGAGCCUACAGAGACGUUGCAUCCACCUCAGGAGUCGACUGCAGAGCCAUUGCCAGAUGCAGAUAAGUUUGCUGUUCCGUAUCAGGGUCUGGAUGACAAACGUGCCAGGCUAGAGAGACACCCGGAGGUGAUUUCAGUGCUAGGUAGAGAUGGGAAUCAAGAUUUAGCUUUGCUUCUUGGACUCAAAAGGAAGAUUGACAGUUCUGCUCUAGAUCAGGCAGCAGACCACCAGUCACUUGUACUUGUUCCACCUCUACCUGCAGAGGUCCCUGAAAAAUCUGAGUCUUCUCCAGCCCAGCAAGAAGUCAUAGCUCUGACUCCAGGUCCCCCUAAAGAGUUAAAUUCUGCUGCCAUUCCCCAGGAGGCCCCAGGUCUGCCACUAGAGUUCCCCAAGAAGGCCAAAUCUCGAAUCCCCAAAGAAUCAUCUUCAGUGCUGCAGCCCCCCUCCAUUCAGGCUGAAGAACCUCCUGAUGAAGCUGUAGCUCAGCUCUUGAUGCUGCAUGAAAUGACAGUUCCAAUGCCAGGUCAGGACCCAGUUCAGCAUCCAGUAUUACCCAGUGUCACAGUACAACCGCUGGUUGUGGAGUUUACCGGAAGUCCAGAACCCAGUACAGAGGCUGAACAUUCUGUGGCCCUGCAGAAGGCUGUAGUUCGUCCUCUGAAGCACUCUGAGGUGACACUUGCACAACCAGACCAGGUGCACCCUCAGUAUCCAAAUCUGACUACUGUCGUGGUUCAACAUUUGCAUCUAGAUCGUUCCACGACUCUGUCUACUUCCAGCGUUAAACUUUCCCCAAUUAUGUCAGAAAGCCCAUCUCACUCUCAAGAGGCAUCUCUGGAGGCGAUAGCUCAACACACGCUGUCACAUGAGAUGACAAAUCCAACACCAGAUCAGGACCGAGCUAAGCAUCCAACAUCACAUAUUCAACCAUUGGUUAUGGGCCUUAGUGUAAGUCCAUAACCCCCUACAGAGGCUGAACAUUCUAUGGCCCUGCAGGUGGAUGAAGCUCCUUCGCCAAAGCACCCUGAGAUGACACCUGCAGAUCCAGACCAGGGGCAGGGUCAGCAUCCAAACCUAACUCCCAUCAUGCUUCACCGUUUGGAUGUGGAACAUUCCAUCAAUCAGGAUUCUGUAAAUUACACCCCAGAAAGGGCUUUAACUGUGCGAAAGAGGCAGAAUGCUACCAGAGCUAUCAACAUACGUGAGCUCUGCACCUGCAAAAAUGCGACCCUGUCAUGUAUUGGUUUCAGCCCAAUGCAGAGGCUGCACCAAGUUCCUGUACUAGAGCCCGACACCUCCAACAGUACCUUCACCAUCUUAAUUCUCAAGCAUAAUCCUCUGAGGACUGUCAAAGUCAUCUUUUUAAAAUUACCAGCAUUAAAAUAUCUAGACUUGGGACAAACACAUGUGCCUCUUACAGCACUUGAGAACAUAGUCACAAUGGCUUUGGAAUUGGAAACAUUGAUCUUACCGAGCCAUAUGGUCUGCUGUCUCUGCCACUUUAAAGAUGAUAUUGAGGUUGUCUGCAAGACAGUCAAGCUGCUGUGUGACAGCGCAUGUCUGACCAAUGACACGCAGUGCCUCAUCAUUGAGGCUCUGAACCUGGAACAUCACAUAACAGCUAUACCUACUGCAGGGCUUCAACUCUCUCCACAUUUUCAGGAGACCCCAUCUCAGCCUUCAGAGCCAUCUAUGGAAGCUAUAGAAGACUACAGAGUACCACAUGAAGCGACAAAUCCAAAACCGCUGGCUGAGCAUACAGCUCAGCCUCCAAUAAUGCCCAGUGUUGUGGAACAGCCCUUGGACAUGGGCUUUACCCUAAUUCCUAAAGUCACUACAGAGGCUGAACAAUCUAUUAUGCUGCAGGAGCUUAGAGUUUCUCCUUUGAAGCACCCAGAGGUGACACUUGUACAGCCAGAGUAGGUGCAGGCGCAGGAUCAGGGGUGAACUUCACUGUUGUCAUCAUUCAGGCUCUGAACCUGGACAUCACAUAACUCCUGUACCUACUUCAGAGGUUCAACUCUCCAAAUUUUCAGGAGACCCGGUCUCAGCCUCCAGAGCCAUCUAUGAGCGUAUAGGAGAGCAUACAGUACCACAUGAAGUUACAAAUCUAAGACCCCUCUGUCAGGAUACAGCUCAGCCUCCAAUAGUUCCAAGUGUUUCGAUGUACAGAUUCUCCUCUGAUGCACCCGGAGGUGACACUUGUUCAACCAGAGCAGAUGCAGGCGCAGGCUCAGCAGCUAAACCUCACUCCUGUUGUCAUUCAGGCUCUGAACAUGGAAUACCACAUAACUCCUGUGCCUACUGCAGGGGUGCAACUCUCUCCCACUUUUCCGGAGACCCCACCUCAGCCUCCAGAGCCUUCUGUGGAGCCUGUAGGAGAGCAUACACUACCACAUGAAUUGCAAACUCCAAGGCCGCUAGGUCAGCAAAUGGCUCAAGCUCCACUUGUGCCCAGUGUUUCGGUUCAACCCUUGGACAUGGACAUUACCCUAAGUCCUAAACUCAGUACAGAGGCUAAACAUUUUGUGAUCCUGCAGGAAGUUACAGUUUUUCUUUGAAGCACCGGAGCAGACACGUGUACAGCCAGAGCAGACACAGGUGCAGCUUCAGGAGCCAAACCUCAGUCCUGUCAUCAUUCAGGCUCUGAACCUGGACCAUCACAUAUCUCCUGUACCUACUGCAGAGGUUCAACUCUGUCCAAAUUUUCAGGAGAUCCCAUCUCAGCCUUUGCAGCCAUCAAAGAAGGCUAAAGGAGAGCAUUGCACUACCACGUGAAAUGACAAAUCCAAGACCACUGGGUAAGCAUAGAACUCACCCUCCAACAUUGACGAGUAUUGUGGUACAGCCCUUGGACAUGGGCUUUACCCUAAGUACUAAAGUUACUACAGAGGCUGACAAUUCUGUGAUAUUGCAGAAGGUUACAGUUUCUCAUUUGAAACACCCACAGGUGAAAAUUGUACAGCCAGAGCAGAUGCAGGUGCAGGCUCAGGAGCCAAGCUUCACUCCGGUCAUCAUUCAGGCUCUGAACUCGAACAUCACAUAACUCCUGUAACUACUGCAGAGCUUCAGCUCUAUCCAAAUUUUCAGGACAUGUUUGGUUGACCAGUAUUGCAUGUCUAUAUCUGUUUUCAUGAGAAGCCACUUUGAAGAUAUCAAUAUGUAAUACAA